CUUGUCAAAAUUAGGCACGCGCGACGAAUGGCGAGGAAAUCGGCGUACGAAAAAAGAACAUAUUAGACAUUUUAAACUCACAAUGAAGCUCACAGAUAAUGUUGUUCGCAAUUAUAGGGUAGCUAAGAUAUUCAGAGAGAAUACAGAUCGCAUAAACCGAAUAGAUUUCUCAUCUGAUGGCAACACGCUCAUCUCUAGCAGUGACGACGAUUCGAUUGUUAUCUAUGAUUGUCAAAAUGGAACGCCAAAGAAAACUUUAAACAGUAAAAAAUAUGGUGUUGAUUUAAUUUGCUACACACAUGCAGUCAACACAGCUUUGCAUGGUUCCACAAAAGUUGAUGAUACAAUACGAUAUCUGUCCCUCCAUGACAACAAAUACAUCAGAUAUUUUCCAGGACACACAAAGAAAGUUGUCUCCUUGAACAUGUCCCCUAUCAACGAUUCAUUUCUCUCUGGAUCGCUGGACAAGACAAUCAGACUUUGGGAUCUGAGGUCACAAAACUGUCAGGGCCUGAUGCAUCUCCCUGGUCGCCCAGUGGCAGCCUUCGACCCAGAGGGCCUCAUCUUUGCUGCAGGAAUAAACUCAGAGUGUGUCAAGCUGUAUGAUCUUCGGUCAUUUGACAGGGGUCCGUUCACCACCUUCAAGCUGACGCAGGACAAGGAUUGUGAUUGGACGGGGAUGAAGUUCAGUCCAGAUGGGAAACUGAUCCUCAUUUCGACCAACGGACAGAUUCUACGGCUCAUUGACGCCUUCCAGGGGACACCACUCCAAACCUUUAUGGGCUUUCAAAACAACAAAGGAAUCCCCCUCGAGGCCUCAUUCAGUCCAGACUCAAGAUUUGCAUUCUGUGGAUCGACCGAUGGACGAAUUCACUGCUGGAAUACAGAGACUGGGGUCAAGGUUGCUGUCAUGAAUGCUGACCAUCCCGGACCCAUUCAGUGUCUGCAGUUUAAUCCCAAGUACAUGAUGCUGGCCUCAGCCUGCUCCAACAUGACCAUGACAGAAAUCCUGUUCAAGGUCAUCAUCAUUGGCGACCCCACGGUGGGGAAGACCUCCUUUGUACAGCGCUAUGUCAAUGACGCCUACCGGCGAGACUACAAAAUGACCAUUGGGGUGGAUUUUGCCCUGAAGGUUGUUAAAUGGUCUGAAAGCCAAACUAUAAAGCUACAGCUGUGGGAUAUUGCGGGACAGGAACGCUUUACCUCAAUGACGCGCGUCUACUACAAGGACGCCCACGCCUGUAUCAUCAUGUUUGAUCUGACACAACAGUCUACCUUCCAGAAUGCCGUCAAAUGGAAGAAGGACCUGGACACGAAGUGUUCUCUGGCCGAUGGCUCCCCUAUACCCUGUCUUCUGCUAGCCAAUAAGUGUGACCUAAGUCAUCGGGAAGUCCAACAAUCAGACAUAGAAGACAUGUGCAAGGAACACGACUUUGUGGGCUGGACGGAGACGUCGGUCAAAGAGGGACUGAUGAUCGAGGAGUCCAUGAGAUUCUUGUGUGAGGAAAUGAUGACGAAACAUGCCGAGCUAGAUGGGUUUUCCAAUUCCAUGGCACGGUCCAUGGUUCCCGGAAGUACUAUCCAUCUACGGUCACAGCAGGCGGAGCAUAAAGAAUCCUCAGUCUGUUCAUGUUAAAAAAAAACUUCCACUUUAUAAACAAUCAUUACACCAGGAAGUUAAACUUUGAAGAAAAAUCUCCAUCCAUGCUAUAGGCAUGUGGUUAUGUGGUUAUUAAUCAGUUAUUUUCAGGUUGUCUGCAUCAGUCAAACUCUUAAUAGCAUGUGGUUUUAACAUCAGCUGUACAAGAUUGUUUUGGAUAAUAUUAUUAUAAAUAUCUCGGAGAAGUAAAUCGUUUCAGGAUGAAUUCUCCAUAGCUGUGUUCUUCAAUGAUUUUCCAGUGAGAGAAGUUGUUUUCAGAAUUGAUGUUAAUUCUUAUUUUUAUGUUUGAGAGACAAACAAAUCAUUUGAAAUCGUUAACUUUGCUUCAUAUAGGCACUAGUAAUAUUGAAAUGUCACCAUGUGUUAAGGUUACGACCAGAAACAAUUUCUUUGACUCUAUAUAAAUAUUUCUGACUUCUAAGAAGAAAACUAAUAUUGCAGAUUGCAUGUACAUGUAUGAUGAUUUGAAUAAGGGUAUUGUGACCUCGCAUGUUUAACUUAGCUGGUUGUCUAGUGUGCCAUCUGCUGUAUUUUAUGAUGAAUUAGAUUGUUUAAACACUAAGUCUUGUUUUGUU